GAUUUACAGAUGCAUUCUAUUGCUUUGCGUUUAGCAGCAGAAGAGGCGGAGCAGGAAGCUAGGCACGAAAGAAUUGCGCGAAGGCAACUAAGGAUGAUAUGAAUCCUUUCGAGUUACCUGAGUCUUUGUUUGAAAAGUACUACAGGGUGAACAAACCCGCAUUCAAGUACCUGUUGGACGUGCUGAUAGCAGUUUCAGAGCCUGCAAAAAAGAUUUUUGCAGUAUCCCCCUUAACAAAAUUAAGCGGGUGCUUACGGUUUUUUGCUGAAGGCGGGUACCAGACGGGACUUGGAAAAGACUCCGAUGUAGCAUUGGCCCAAUCCAGUUUUAGCAAGGUACUAUCAGAAGUGUUAACUCUGUAUGAAAAUCACUUGUGCCCACAGUGGAUAAAAGUGAGCGAAGGCCAUGAAGAGAACCGGAAGAAAGCGCUAGCGUUUUACGCAAAACAUGGUAUUCCUGGUGUGGUUGGAUGCAUUGAUGGUACCCAUGUGAGGAUAAUUGCUCCACCACGAAACGCCCACAUUUACUACAAUAGAAAAGGUCACUACAGCCUAAACGUUAUGAUUCGACUUGCGUGCCUGUUUUGAAAGGGAGUACUUGCGAGGAGGGAAUAACUUCUGGCUUUUAGCCGAUGCUGGAUACCCUUUGGAACCGUGGCUGUUAACACCUCAUAGAACUCCGGAGGAAGGUUCAACGCAAAUGAGGUUCAAUGAAGCACACGCAAAAUGUCGCAACAUUAUCGAACGGACCAAUGGUGUAUUGAAGAACAGGUGGAGGUGUAUCCUUGGUGCUCGAGAUUUGCACUAUACUCCCGAAAAAGCAGCAAAAAUUAUAAAUGUGUGUUGUGCGUUGCAUAAUAUAUGCAUUCAUUUUAAAGCAAGCACACACAUUAUUGAGUGUGAAGUACUGGAGCCGGUUGAAAUGAAUGCAAUAUCAGUAGCAUCAUCGCAAUAUACUGCUGUAGCUCAAUCAACAAGAAAUAAUAUAGGAGCCUCCCUUUAAGUUAGGUAUAUAUAAAUUUAAAUAUUUAUGUACAUAUGGUCGCGGCA